AAACGUCGUUGUCAUGGUGAAGAAUCAAACCGAAACAAACUUUUGCGCCAUUUGAAUUUCAUCCCUAUACCUUCCCGCGUGUGCUCUCGAUCACCAAACCCUCACUACACUCAUUGCUUCUUCGUAGUUGAAUUUCACUCAGUUUUAUGUAAUUAUCAUCAAAUUGUUGAAUCAUCAAUCAACCAAUCGGCUUCAAACAGGAGUCGCGAUUUAUCAGGUACCUGUUUGUUCGAGAUCUGGAAUAAUUGACGUGAAGUAAGGACGAUGGAGAUGGGACGACGACGUUUAGAUGAUGACCGUGUGAGUGGGAAUAGGAGUUUAGGUAGCAGUUAUUAUCCAUGCAGUCAAACGAGGAAGACAUCGAUAGGAGUCAUGGUUGAUUCUUCUUCCAAAAUGAAGAGUCAAAACGGGAAAGGCGCUGAGGCUGAUUUGCAAACUUCACAAAAUGUAAGCACGGCGAAAGUUUUUGUUACAGAAAGUCAGCGAAAACGGAAUGUCAUAUCUCCAGAUUUGGGAACACAAAACAAGGCUCCUCGUCAGGAAUCGUCUCAGCAGGUUCAUUCAAAAACUUCAUAUCCAAAUGUAUCAUAUGCAGAAGAAACGGGUCAUCAAAAGAAGGUCUCAAGUUUACCUUCCACUACGAAUGCAACCGUGCGAGCAAAUGGUAGUAAGACAGCUGGUGAAAACCGUGGAAUGGAGCCUGGUUCGUAUUUUGCAAACCAGAUGUUGAAUCUGCAAGCUAUGAAUGCGACUGAGAUGAAAUCAAAGAAUAGCACCUACCAAAAGGAGAAAGAGUCUUCAUAUGCAACUCCACAGAAAGAACUUGAGCCACAGAAAGGAAUUACAGAGCAGGGAACAAGUGAAAGAGGAAACAGUGGGCCAGUAACGUUAAGAAUGAAAGUCCAGGAGUUACUUGAAACCGUUUAUUCACCUAAUAAGAAACAACCCAACUCUGAGACCUUUGGAAUGGAUGCAAAUAUUUCAAAGCCAAAGUCCACAUCAAAUGGAAAUGAUAGUUUGCACACAAGAAAAACAAACUCUGGGACUUUUGAAAUGCGUGCAAAUAGUUCGAAGCCAAAGUCCACAACCAAUGGAAAUGGUAGUUUGCACACAAGAAAAACCAACUCUGAGACUUUUGAAAUGGGUGCAAAUAAUUCAAAGCCGAAGUCCACAACCAAUGGAAAUGGUAGUUUGCAGACAAGAACCUCCAACUCUGGAAGUCUGGAUAAAAGCAGGAGACCGUUGACUCGAUCUUUGACCGGAAAGAAACCUCAAGCUCAAAAGUCUACACCAAAAAAACAAAGUCCGUUAUUUCAAUCUAAACAAGCUCAGUUUGAGGAGAACGCAUUCUCUUUUGUGGAUACUUGGUCAAAGAGAGUCAGCACAGAUGUUAAUAAUGGUUUUAAAAGUUUUAAGAGAAAGGAAAGAGAUAUAUUUGGAACCAGAGUUCAAGAUACUGAUGGGAAGAAAACAAAAGCCGCUGGUGUAAACGUAUCAUUGUUUGAAAACAGAACACGAGAUAGUGAGAAAGGUAACGCAGAUACUGAAAUGAAUGAGAAAAAGCACCAACAAUUUGGAGGUAAUAACGGGUCGGGGUUAUAUAACAAUGUGGAUGUAGAUUCUUUUGCCAAAGAUUCUUUAAAGGACAAUGUAGAGCCAACAUUUGAGUUGAAAACAGCUGUUAACUUCUCCUCCCCUAUAUCUUUGUUCCAAAUCAACAAGGAAAACAUUGAUGUUGAUAGCCCGAUUGAGAAUGUCGAUAGCCCACUUGAGAAUGUUGAUAGCCCACUUGAGAAUGUUGAUACACCAAUUGACAACUCCUUUAGAACAGAACGAACCCGUAGCUCAAACAGUAAAGGAUUUUACACAAAGAAUAUAUCCAUGGAUGUUCAAGACUCCCCUGUUAUAAAACCAGACCGUGAAGAAAACAAGUGUUUUAGAUCUCCAAGUAAAGUAGUGGAGUCUGAGAGCUCUGAAUCUGAAGAUGAUUCACCCAUCACAGUGCCAGUUAUAUCCAAGAAAUUUGAAGGUAAUAAAUGGUGUAUAUCACCAUGUCAAGAUGAGGAUUCUGAAAGCUCUGAAGAUGAUUCACCCGUCAAAGGGAAUGGAGAUCGUGAAAAAAUCGAUGAUUCCUCUGAACAGGAUGGGUUUGCAGGUGCUGUCAAGCUUUUUGCCAUGGCCCUAGAAAGAGUUCAAAGCAAAAUACAUUCAGCCACGAGUAAACAAUCAGCUGCAAUACUGUUGUCAGUCUCCAACAACAUACAGUCCCAGUUGCAAAAUGCUGAAUCCAAGAUCCAAAAUGACGUUGGAAAGCUAACAAACCUUGGUAAAUCCAAAAGAAUGCAUCCCGAAAACCAAUACCAAGAGCAACAAGAGCAGCUGAAACACAUAUAUGAAAAGUUCAAAGAAGAAGUGGACCAACACCUUGAAAAGUGCAAAAACACACUUGAAGGACUAGAAGCACAUCAAACCCAAGUUAGCAGGAUGGUAGAGAAACAAAGGGUGUCACACAAAAAGUUUCUUAUCCAAACUGAAGAAUUGAUAGAGGAACAGCUUAAUGAAGCCCAGACAAGACUUACAGAUGUUCACAGGAUGGCAAAGGAGAAAAUGUUUAAGCUCAAAUAUGGCAUAGCUGAGUGCCUAAAAGAAGGUUUACUCACUUGAAUUACUAUUAUAAUACUUCAAGAAAGUUCUUAAUUGAACAUAAUCCUAGUAUCCAUAUGUUAUAGGUAGUUAGCAUGUUAGAUAUAUUACUUCUAGAUUGUUCUUCAUACUCUGCUUGAUUUUCCAUGUUUUAAAAGACUCAAUUUUCUUCUUUCCGUAAGUUUACAAUA